AUGUUAUUCUCUCCUGCUGAUCACCUUAUUAAUACAAAAAAAGGUUUAAUUACCCAACAUUCAUUAAUCUUGGUUAUGAACCAUAUAGCUUCAAUUUCAAUUUAUAAGCCAACAUUUAAAUUAUUCUAUUUAAAGGACAAUGAUAUUGUUGGUGUUGCUUUCUCUCUUUCACUGACAACUCAUAUUUCUAUUAUUUUUGAUUUGCAAAUAAAAGAAAAAAUUAUUGAAAAUCAAGCACAGUCUUCAAAACCAAUUAGUGAACAGAAUAUUAAUUUUUUACUUGAACGUAUACAAGAUCAAUAA